CAAAACCCUUCUCCACUUGGUGGACAACACAACAAGCAGUGUGUGUACCAGUCUGCCUUCAGAUACACCACUCGGAGCUCAGACCACGCAGCUGACUGGACUCGAUUUGAAGAUUUCCCAAAAAUUUGGACGGGACCUUGACUUACAGCAAAAGAAACCUCCUCUCUGUUGGAUUCUUGUGUCUUUAACUGGUUUGGUUUGAGUUUUGGUUUGAGUUUUGCGGCAGCAUCUUGGACCACGAGGUGAUAAAACUGCAUCUCUGCUCUUUGAGAUCUGUGUUUUUACAUUCACUGCUGUACUGGACUUGUGUUCCCCUGUGAAUGCUGAGGUUGGCAGGUGACCCCCAGAAAAGAGGAGGUGAAGUGGUGACCAUGUGGAUCCCGACACCGAGCAUGACUCUCCCUCAGCGGAUGGUGCUGUACGGGACGUGCGUUGUGGCGUUGAUGAACUCUGUGGGCCUGCUGGUGCUGUUAGUCCGGCAGAAUCAGCAGCAUUCCAGGCUGGAGCAGACGGAGGCAAGGUUGGUGGAGGUGGAGCAAAGCUCGGUGGUGGAGUUCCUCCAGGAGGUGCCCAGGGGAGCGGCAGGGCUGCGGGCAAACACAGAGCAACAUCCACAGUACCAGUACUCCAGGAACAAGAGGAGUGAGGAGCUGGAGAAGAAGCUACAGAAGGAGCUUCAGCAGGAAGAGGAACAGGCGCUCUAUCCGCAGGAGGUCAGUCAGGAGGUCAGCCAGGAGGUGGGAGAGGAGACAGAGAAGAAGAUGAAGGAUGAGCUGAAGCACAAGCACCGACACGGCCAGAGUUACCACAAGGCACAUGUGGAGGACGACAUGAUGAUGAUGAUGACUUACUCCAUGGUCCCGAUCAAACUGUUGAUCGACAUUUGCAACAGCACCAAGGGAGUCUGUAUAGCCGGACCUCCAGGACCCCCUGGUUUGCCUGGUGCAGACGGUUUGCCAGGCCACAACGGCACUGAUGGCAUCCCAGGACUGAAUGGACUGCCCGGGGCUGAUGGGAAAAGAGGGAAAAAAGGCCCACCAGGUGAGAGCGGAGAGCCUGGUGAGAAAGGAGAGCGAGGAGAGUCUGGUCCGCCUGGAGAGCAGGGACAACCAUCCAAUGAUGUCAUUAUUGAGGGCCCUCCUGGUCCUCCAGGGCCUCCUGGGCCCAUGGGCCCUGCUGGACCUCCUGGACCUCAAGGGCCAUCCAGGACAAGGCAUCACAGAGCCAACCUUCAGGCUGCUCAGACCCUGGGGCUGUUACACGCAAUUCCAAAUGAUGAAACUUCAACUGCAAAGGAGGCUGGGAAACGACAGGGGCAACCCAUGAAGAGGAACGAGUGUCUGAUUAAGUCUCUGAUCAACCCCAGGAACGUGACAAAGAUGGAGACCACCUUUGGCACAUGGAUGAAAGACACUGCUCAGGUGAACGAUGAGCGAAUAUGGGUGGCAGAGCACUUUUCUGGUCGUGUGGUGAAGGAGUAUCAAAGCAUCGCCUCCUUCCAGAGCAACAGCAGUGAUGUUGUUGAUGUCAGAAAGUUCUAUCAGGGCUGUGGCCACAUGGUUCACAAUGGAUCCUUCUAUUAUCAUAUCGCUGGUACUUCCAGCAUCGGCAGAUUUGACCUUCACACCAAGAGGCUUCACACGCUCACUAUAGACAACGCUUUGCACAAUAACCUCGCCUACCUGCUGCUCAACUCCAAGACUUACUUCAAACUGGCAGUGGAUGAGAACGGCUUGUGGCUGAUCUUUGCCUCCAACACGGACGAGAGCAUCAUGGUGGCUCAGCUGGACCAGAAGACCUUCUCCGUCACCACCUACAUAAACACCACCUACCCUCGAACCAAGGCCGGCAACGCCUUCAUCGCCUGUGGGGUCCUGUACGUCACCGACACCAAGGACACCAGGGUCACGUUUGCUUUUGACCUGCUGAAGGGGAAGCCGAUCAACAUGACCUUUGACCUGAGGCCUCUGGGUGGAGUGCUGGCGAUGCUCUCGUACAGCCCGAAGGACAGACACCUGUAUGUGUGGGACCAGGGCUACGUCAGGCUCUACGUGGUCCACUUCAUCUCUGAUGAGUGAAAAACUGUUGACAACCAAAUAUUCACUAUUUGAAACGGUCAUAUUUAGGUUUUUGUAAGAGAAACAUACUCAUCAGCCUGAUCUUUGUCCUCCUGCCACAUGUUAAAAAUCAGUUUCACUCAACGAAAUCCGUCCGGUCAAUAAUCAUGAUUCUGUCAAAAGUAAAUACUGCUGUAUUUAUAUCCUAUUUGUAAUGUACAUGUGGGAUUUUGGAGUAACUAACAGUGUGAGACUUUUUUUUUUAUCAUUUUGUUUCAAACAGUUUAUAUAAAUUUAACUUAUUAUGGUUAACUUGUGCUCGUCUGUGUUGUAAGCUGCAUUAUUGAGUGUAUUUGCAUGGCAGUGGUCUUUUAUGUAUUUUUAUACAGAUGAACAUGGCACCCCCCAGAUGUUCUGUACAUCGAGACAGUCCGUCUGCCUCUGUGCAGAAGCAGCAUGUUCUCUGGUGACUUAUUCCUCUCGGCAGAAAAUUAAAAAGGAAACAGUGUCAGAUCACCCUGAUGAAAUAAAAGAAUUUAUUCACUUUACAAAGGUAAAACUCUGACCAUGACCUGUUCUCUCACAUACCUUCAGGCUCAAGUGCCCUAGUAAGUGUCUACCCUUGAUACUGGCUUGUUUUGCAUCAUUACAUGUACACACACGCACACAUACAUACAUACAUACACACAUGCAUCGGACACCAGUAGACCAUUGGUAAAACACAAACGAUACAUACAGUACACAUAGUGGGCAGAGAGAGGGAGAGAAACACAAAUCUCUUUAAUAAAUACCAUACAUACACUUAACAAAAGUUACAACUAAUCCAGCCGGUUAUGAUACGAACAAAAAAAAUAAAGAAAUGCUUUAAUGUUUGUACAAGCUGUUGUGAUUAUAUUUAUAUAUAUAUAUGUUUAAGAUCAUUUAUAUAUAUAUAUAUGUAUUUAUUUAUAUCAUUUAUAUAUUAAAACUAUUUCAAACAUUUUACCACUAGGCCAAAUGAAGCCAGACAUUCAUCUGUAUAUAACAGGUUCUUCUUCAUUAACCUAUUUAUUGGAAAUAAACUUUUAGUGUCUCUGGAAUUUCGAGUGCAAAUAUCUAGUUCUUAUGGACGAAACAGUAAAAACAACUAGCGAGGUAACACACACUUACAUACAGUAGACUGUGUUGCACAUCUCCCAGUCAGAUACAGUAGAACCCCUUACAUUCCUAAAAUAAAAGGCAAUAAGUUAAAAAGUUUGACAAAGGAAUGGCCAAACAAACAAACACAAACAUAUAAAUUAUUUUAAAUGCUAAAAU